AUGGCCUUCCAAGCACAACGUACCAACAUCGCAGUCUGGAUCUGCGUCGUCAUCCCAUUCGCCAUGAUCAUCGCCGCGUCCAUGACCGGCAGCCUCGUGUACUGCGCCCGACGGCGGAAGAAGACCACCAACAAAACACAAACACGGCGAGAUGAGGACGUGGAGCGCACCGCACAGGCUCUACCAACCGCGGGCGUGGCAAGGGUAGGCUCCCGGAGGAUGUCGGCGUCUGGAGAUGGCGAAGGCCUGAACGAGCUCGGGGAGGCCCCGCCGCCAUACGGGUCGGCGAGGAAGGAAGACACUGCGGUUGAGAGGGUGGUGGGGGUCUCGGGUGAGAACGAGACGGGACAGCGUGCGGAGGAGGGCCGGCCACCGGCCUACGAUGCGGUGGUCGAUCUUGCAUCCUCGAAUGAUCGGCAUCUGCCUCUGACCAAGAAGUAUGCGUAG